UUUCUACAUUUUAUAUAGCAGCUUUCCCCAUCCUAUGCUCUCUCACUCUCUCGCUAACAGUUGACUGCGGGACCUCUCUCCGGCAAUGGCCAGAAACCUAGUUCCAUUUCUGGUGCUACUUUUUUGGAUUUCGAUCUGCCAAGCUGCUAGCAUUUUUCAGCCGAUCUCAGAUUCACAUCGAAAUGCGGCUCUGGAGCUCUUCCGGCCUACUGCUGGAGUAUUCGGAAGCUUGGAAGAGACACAUGAAGCAUUAAGAACAUUUGACAUUCUUGGAAUUCAAGAGAAGCCUGAUAUUAGUGCUGCCACUUGCAAGUCUGUAUCAGAGGCUCUUGGUUCAUCUGCGGCUCUAAAGGAUCUGUUUUAUGCUCUGAGAGUUAACGAUGUUUUGAAAUGUGAAAUUAAGGAGGAAGUAUAUGAGAGCAUUACUUCAAGACUUAGAACUGUUCUAAAUGAUGCGCGGUCGCUGCUUGACUUCUACUACUCUAUAGGAAGCUUAUUACAUCUAAAGGAACAAAGUUCUGGAGUUGAUCUAUCACUUAAGGACGCUGAUGUUAUUUUUCAAUCGAUCAAGGCGUUGAGCCAGAGUGAUGGAAGGUGGCGCUAUAGUUCCAAUAAUCCUGAGUCUAGUACUUAUGCUGCUGGAUUGGCACUUGAAGCCCUUGCUGGUGUUGUAUCAUUAGCAUCGUCUGAUAUUGAUCAAAAUAUGAUUGGUACUGUAAAGAAUGAUAUACUGAAACUUUUCGACAGUAUUGAGAAAUAUGAUGAUGGAGCUUUAUAUUUCGAGGAAAAAGUUAUUGAUGCAUAUGAACAUCAUGGGCCUCUUGCAACUACAUCCUCAGUUGUUCGAGGGUUGACAGCAUUUACUGCUGCUACUUCUGGAAGCUUAAAUCUUCCUGGGGAUACAAUUUUUGGUUUGGCAAAAUUCUUCCUUGGCAUCGGAAUUCCUGGAGAUGCUAAAGACUUAUUCAACCAAAUAGAUUCCUUGGCUCGCUUGGAGACAAAUAGGGUUUCUAUUCCGUUGAUUUUAUCUCUUCCAGCGACAGUUCUUUCAUUAACAAAGGAAGACCAACUGAAGGUGAGAGUGAAUACUGUGCUUGGUUCAGUUGCACCUCCUUUAACUGUGAAGAUAGUAAGAGCUUUUCUCUCUGGUUCGAAAGAGACAUCCGUUAUUGAGGGCCAGGAACUCAAGUAUUAUCCUCAGACUGGUUUACAUAUCUUGGAUGCUUUCCCCAAGACCUUUGAUGUUGGAAACUACGUGUUCGUCUUUGAGAUUGCUCUUCAUGAUUCAGAGCAUUUGGAUAUUUAUGCCACCGGGGGGCAGAUACAAGUGCCAAUAUAUAUCUCAGGAGUUGUCAAAAUUGAGAAUGCAGAGAUUGCGGUUCUUGAUAGCGAUCUAGGGAGCAUUGAGACCCAAAAGAAGCUUGAUUUAGUUGGUGAGAGUGCUAUUUCAUUGGCAGCAAACCACCUGCAGAAAUUGCGUCUAUCAUUUCAACUGACCACACCACAAGGACAUGGUUUUAUGCCGCAUCAGGCUUUUCUCAAGCUGAGGCAUGAAAGUGGCGUUGAGCAUACCUUUGUCGUUAAAGGCUCUGGCAAAAAAUUUGAAAUAAUUCUAGACUUUCUUGGGUUGGUUGAGAAGUUUUUCUAUCUCUCGGGUCGAUAUGACAUUCAGUUAACUGUUGGUGAUGCCAUCAUGGAGAAUUCUUUCUUACGGGCUAUUGGUCAUAUUGACUUGGAUCUACCUGAGGCACCAGAGAAAGCUCCUCGUCCACCUCCACAGCCUGUCGAUCCUUACACACGCUAUGGACCGAAAGCUGAAAUCACUCACAUCUUCAGGGCUCCAGAAAAGAGACCAGCUAAGGAGCUUUCUCUUAUCUUCUUGGGUCUCACGUUCUUGCCAUUCCUUGUGUUUCUGGUUGGGCUAUUGCGAAUGGGCGUGAAUCUAAAGAACUUCCCGACUUCAACAGUACCUGCCACCUUCGCCUUUCUCUUCCAUCUUGGCAUUGCAGCAGUUAUCUUGCUUUACACGUUCUUCUGGUUAAAGUUGGACCUGUUUACAACAUUGAAAGCACUGGGCAUCUUGGGAGUUUUCUUGGUAUUUGUGGGACACAGGACCCUUUCCCACCUUGCUUCAACUUCAGCCAAGUUGAAAUCUGCCUGAGCUCUUCGGUGGUUCUCAUUUUUAACUUCUAGGAAAAAUUUUGCUUUCGCAGAGUAAUUAUAGGAACUCCUUUUAUAUUUAUGGUUCAGUCCAGGGAUUUUGUACACACUGCGAUUAGCUUAAACCAUACAGAAUGUUGAGCACCCUCCUGCAUAGUGCAUCUGGGAGGAUAUUUAUCUAUAAUAUAUGAAAAUACCGUGGAGGGUACUAAAACAUUUUGCACAAAUUAA